AUGGACAUAGAAAAGGCCAAUUCCGUGGACUUUGGCGAGUUUGUGGACGUCUUUGGUAAUGAUAUCAAGAGAUCUCCACUCAUUGCAGCUGCUGUCUGGUCCCAACACCCAUUCUCAGACUUGGAAAAUUUAGAGAAGCACUUUUUUACCUUUAUUGAUGCUCUCUCCCUCAGGCAGGUAAAGCUUCCAGGCCAGGAGGGCGCCCUACGCUGCCACCCGGACCUGGCCGGCCUCGAGCUGCCGCGGGGCACGCUCACCGCCGAGUCGCCGCGGGAACCGAGCGGCGCGGGCUUGACGAGCCUGGGCGCGGAAGAGCGGCUGCGGCUGGCAGAGCUCAGCGCCAAGUACGGCGCGCGCUUCGGCUUCCCCUUCGUGCUCGCCGCGCGCCUCAGCGACCGGGCGGCCGGGCCUCGGGAGCUGGCGCGCCGGCUGCGCUGUCCGCCCGCGCAGGAGCUGCGCACCGCCCCGGGCGAGGUGAAGAAGAUCGGCCACCUUCGCCUCGCCGACCUUCUCCGCACGGACCCGGCCAGGCUGUAG